UUGGCUGCGCUUUGGAACCAUCCACUCCCAUAUUUAAUAAAAUCUUUACUGUCAUUUCAAAUGUUCGCUCGGCGCAUCAAGUUCCCACUCACAAAUCGCGUUCACUUCUUCUUCGUCUCUCUGUGUCUCAAUCUCAGAGACACCCACCUCUACAACUCCGACCACCACCACCUUCCGAUCAUCGGCGGAGGAAACAGAGAGGGUCUCUGCGAAUGGAUGGGGGUUUCACUUGUACCACUCUAAUCCUGUUCCUGUUCCUCUUCAUUCACUGUCUUUUCCCAGGUUCAUCAAGCGCAGAUCCCACGCAAAAACAGGGCAAAUACAGAGCAGCCUCUUCGACCCAUCAAAAGGACAUCACCACCCCAAUAACCACCGUCCCAACAAUCAACAUCCCCACUACUUCCAACCCCGAUUCCGUCUCCCCGACCAUCACAACCCCAAGCUUUACCCCUGCAACCACCGCCACCGGUGGCUCCAGCUGGUGCAUUGCCAGUCUCGGCGCAUCGCAGGCAGUCUUGCAACUAGCUCUGGACUACGCUUGCGGCAUGGGCGGCGCCGAUUGCUCCGCGAUUCAAACCGGUGGAAGCUGCUACAACCCAAAUUCAGUUCGAGAUCAUGCUUCUUACGCCUUCAAUAGCUAUUAUCAGAAAAACCCACUUCCGAAUAGCUGUAAUUUUGGAGGCACUGCCGUGAUCACCAGUACUAAUCCCAGCAGUGGCUCGUGCGAGUACCCAUCAACAAGCACGAGUUCAUCGAUUCUCAACACUACAAAUUCAAGCGGCUCCACCGUGUUCGGCGCUUCUCCUUCCGGCCCCUCCACCUCCUCGUCGGCACCCAAAUACUCCUCCUCCGCCCUCUUCCUUCUUCUUAUUGCUUUCUAGAAACUUCUGCAAUUUCUCAACGAUUUUUGUAAAGUAAUAUUGGGCCGGAAUAUCUUUAUAGAGAAUAGUCUGAUGCA